AUGUUGACAUCCAAGAUACCGAACCAUCGGGCGGUAAUUGUCGGAACUGAUACAAAAGCAAAGAUGGAGCUUGAACAACAACCAGAUGUGAUUGGAAAACGGUAUUAUCUAGCGAAGCAAACCUUGGAUAACACUAGUGGUUUGGUAGAUCUUUGUGAGCAGACGAAUCUAAUUAUUGCAUCCAAGCUUAAGAAGAAUCAUUGA